ACAAGACCAUGAUUCCUGUGCUAGACUUAGCCAGGAAAUUAUGGAGAAGAUCAAUCAAAGAAAUAAUCUUCAUGGCGACAAAGCAAAACUUGCUAAGCUAUCAUCGAUAAUACGACAGAUGUUAGUGACGUAUGGAAACCAGGUCAGCAAUCUGAAGCAGUCUGUGAUGAGAUCAGCAUCAACAUUCCAAAUUACGCAGAGGGAGAUGGAACGGAGACAACUCAUGGUUGACAAUCUAACCACAAAUGCAACUCGUAUGGAGCAGGCCUUCAAGCACGAAUCAUCUGCCUUGAGCAAUAGGACGUCGUUAUUCAGCCCAGCACCUGCUUCAAGCAAUUACAUGAUGCCGAUGGCUGAUCCAGAUUUCUCUACAGAUGUGCCAGUCAGCGAUAUUUUGCAGCAGCAGCAGCAGGCCAUCCGAGAGCAAGAUCAAGGUCUGGAAGCACUAGCCAAGGUCAUAUCCAGGCAGAAAAACAUGGCACAUACCAUAGGUCAUGAAGUGGAUUAUCAAAAUGAACUAUUGGACGAUAUCCAUGAUCACGUGGAUAGAACUGACCAACGACUCCUCAGAGAAACUCGCCAUGUGAAACUUGUCGACAAUAAGUCAAACACUUGUGGUUACUGGGUGGUUAUAGUGCUGCUUUUGGUUACCAUCAUUGUGAUAGCUGCAGUCCCGUUUAAAGGAAAAGGAUAGGUGGAAUAUUGUACAAACAAAUGGUUGCUUUUCUAUGCAGUUUUAUCACUGGAAAGCUGGUCCAGGUAACUGAAAUCGCAGUCUGGCGGAUUUGUCGAGCUAUUUAUCUGAUUGCACAUUGGGAAAUAUAUGACAGAGUACAGAGUUAUUUAAGCAACAGUUGUAUCUAUUUAACACAGCAGACAUUGGCGGUACUUUAAGGUUAGUCAAGUCAAGGCUCGAGUUGACAUCAUGAAUAAUGAAUCGUUUAAAUCUGAAAAAAAACUGUGUAUGUAAGUAUAUAUAUAUAUAUGUGUAUUAAAUGUAUGUGAAUGAAUAAGUUUAUUAAAAAUUUAUUACU